AUGAAUAAAUAUGUGAUUUUUUGGAUAUUAUUAGUUUGUUUGGCGUUUUCUGAUCGACGAUUGAGACAAACUGGAACACCUUCGACAACAACUCCAAGGCCGCCAAAACCAUAUUUAUUUAGUCAGGUUAGUAGUAGGAACUCAUUGUUUUUCCAUAAUUAUUUUGGGCUUCAGAAAACAAAGUUGCCAAUCAGAGAAUUUAUCUGAAACUUUACUUGGCAGGUUUUUGAAACAGGAAAACCCUGGUUCUGAUUUUUUGUAAUCUGAAAAUUUAGACGUUCCAAAUUCAAGUUUAUCUCAAGCUUAUAUAAUUGUCUCGAUAUUUUUAAUUUUUCGAAACUUUCUUUUUUGAGGAAACAAUUCCAGAAACUUGGGAUUUUUCUUGAAUAGAAAACAAUGAAAUUCAAAAAGAAGCUUAUGUAGGAUUGUUGCACGUAUUCAUUUUCAAGGUUCAUAUCUCAAAAAAAAAUUAAUGUAGAUAAUGAAUUUCAAAAAUUUAAAUUUUCAAUAGUACGUGCACAAGCUUGGGAUCCUUCGAAGAUUGUGAAAAGAAGAUUUUUUAAAAUUGCUAUUAUUUCAGAGAUUACUGUAGAUCGGAACUUCGUAAUCAUCUAGCUCUCUUGAAAUUAGUCGUUCAUUUUAUGAUAUUCUACUAAAAAUCUUGACCUAUUUUUUCAGUACUUUUUCUAGAAAAAAUAAAUGUUGGAAAAGUGGUUUUGCCCAAAUCUUCUUCUUUUUUCUAGGGCUGUCCAUCUGAUCUUUUACAUUCUCGUGCUCUUCGAUCAAUUCAUUUAGCAUGUGAAAAUCAUUCAUCAACUGUUAUCUCUGCUUUUGAAGGAAUUCAAGAAGGACUCAAACAUUGUACAAAUCGUCUUCGUUUUCAACAAUGGGAUUGUUCAGAAGCGGGAAAUAUAAUGCAUGAUCCUCCAUUGUUACGUUCCGGUGAGUAAAACAAAAACAGGUGUCGAGAAUGAAUUCGUGAAAAUCGCAGGUGUUCUUUGAAAAUCUAUUCUCACAUAAAUUUGAAAAGAAACUGAAUGAAUACAAUAGGUUUUAUUUCUAUCCAAAAUGGUUGGUUCACACAGUUUUCGUGAAUAAAUUCAAUUAAAAGUAUCCGGUCAAUUAAUCAAUCAAUCAAUUAGUUUUUUUUUAAGGAUACCGCGAAUCGGCAUUAAUUUGGGCACUUUCUUCUGCUUCCGCCGCUUGGGGAGUUGCAACUGCUUGUGCCCAAGGAUGGAUUGAUGAUUGCGCUUGUAACAAUCAAAAUGAAUACGAAUUUGGCGGGUUAGUUCAAACAAUCUCAUUUAUUUUUAUUUUAUUUCAUUUUUUUUUGUAGAUGUACACAUGGAGUUCAACACGGAAUUACUGCAAGCCGAAAAUUGUUGACCAAAAUUGGCCCGGCUUCAAAUAAUUUGCUACGAAGAAUUGAGAAACAUAAUUUGAAAGCUGGAAGAUUGGCGAUUAAGAAAACUCUGAUUUCAUCUUGUAAAUGUCACGGUGUUUCGGGAAGUUGUCAACAAAAAACAUGUUGGAAAAGAACUGCACAACUCGAACAUAUUACUGAUUAUCUUGUUGAAAAAUAUACAAAGGCUAAAGUUUAUUCAGAGAGUUCUUCUGCAAAAACAACAGAUUUGAUUUAUUUGGAAUCGUCGCCUGAUAUUUGCAAAGAGAAAUCAGUUGGUGGAAGAGUUUGUGCGUGGAGAAAUGAGACACAUACACAAGGAAAUUGUGAUAAAUUAUGUUGUGGAAAUGGAUUUAGUGUAAGUUGAAAGAUACCUUAAUAUUUCGUUUCGAUCAGUUUUUAAAAUUCUGAAAUUCUCGAUAAAGAAAUUCCAAAUUGUUUAUGAGACGUGAAGCCAUUUCAAUACCAAGCGAUUUCUAAAUUACUUCAUAGAUUUUUGAACUAGUUUUCCAGAAUGUUUUUUUUUCGAAAAUGCGAAAUCGGAAAUUUAUAUGAAAAAAUGAAUUCCAAGUAGCGAAAAAUAUUUCAAAUUUCUCAACUUCAUUUUUUUAAUAAGAAAAAUUGAUAUAAGCAAUCAAAAUCUCAUAUGGGUUACUGUAGUUCUAUCUAUUGUUUUAAUUGAUCAAAAACCUUUUUCAAUUAUUUUUCUUACAGAUUCGUCACGAAGUUGUUCGAGUAAAAUGUGAUUGUGAAUUUGUUUGGUGUUGUAAUUUAAUUUGCAAAGAUUGUAUUCAACAUCGUUGGAUUUCAACAUGCAAUUCAACUCCGAUCGAUAAAAAUCUCAUUUUUUAG